AAAACUCUUAUCUACAGGAUUUAUUUAUUUCAAGACGAUUUUAUUUAUAUUUUAAGACAAAAAUCAAACAAUAGAAGUUAUUUCUUGAAGGUUUUUGAAGGUUCUUGAAGGCAGUUUUUAAUAGAUAGAUUGUUGUUAAUGUUCAGAAACCGUUGCCAUUUUCUCUGUGACUUUGUCAGGCCGGCUUGUUAUUGGAUGACACUGUUGCUGUGUCUCAUUUUAGUCAAAAGUUGUGUCUCAAAGUCCAAACUCCAUUUCUCUUAUGCACUUUGGUUUUUGUGAGUUUGUGAAAAAUCCAUGUCAUUGGCUAGAGGGCAUUUUGAGGCUUUGGAGACAUGUUGAUGUCAUGAGAACGGUAAAGCAGGUUCCUGCGAAGUGACUGACAUUUUCUGGCAGUAAAGUCGACGUGUAUUUUAGUGUCUACAUAACGUAUAGAUGCUGUUGUUGUGAUUUUUCUUUGACUGCCUACAUUCCAAAGCACAGCUUAUGUGGUGCUGCUUGUUACUUUUGCUAUGUCAUCAGAAGGUGACACAUUCAAUCUUUGCACUUCCUGUUUUAUUCACAUCUCCAUCAAUCAUGUAGUUUUUAGCUCUAGGCUGAAACAUACGACUACUUUCAAUCCAACUCUCUAAUUCUCUAACAGCUGGUGAGGAACAAAAACUGAAAUGUAAUUCGCAAAAUUUGAAUUAAGAUUCCCUGAUUAAACAUUGGUCAUUUAUUGGUUUUGAACCGUCGUUUAGUCGUGUCAUCCGUGAAUACAGACGACUUGCUAAUAAUCGAGAAAACACGUUUAUCGUUGGGGAAACUAACACCACCAUUAAAAAGCGGACGGCGCAGAGUCGGGUUUUAUUUUGAAACGUCACUGGCACAGUUUCCGGUGUACGUCUUUCUUCACUGUAGUUAGCUUGACUCAACUGUGACCUUGCCCAGGCGAACUUUAACGAGCAAACUCGCCGCCGUUCGCUGACUUUCGGCGCCGACUUGUUGUCACUACGACACGGCUCGGUCACAUCUUCGACAUCGGUGAGUUUCCAUCGCUGUCUGACGACUUUUCGGUUCUUUUCAGGGACUUUUUCGUGGCCUCAGCAACAGCAGCAUCGACGUGACGCCUGUUGCAUCCUCCCCCCCCCUCCUUCUACUCCUGCUCCCUCCACACCUCACCCUCCUCACCUCCUCCUCUUUUCUCUUUCGACAUCAUCAUUUCGACGCGUUAACGUCCGAUUUUAAGCUAAACUCUCAGUUUUCUGCCACUUUAAAAACUUUCCCCGACGACUGCGCGUCGACUUCAACGAACUUUUUUUUCUUCUUCUUCGCCUCAGCGGUUAGCCUUAGCCGUUAGCCCCCUCACUCCAUGCGCGUGUGUGUUCCGUGUUGGUAGCCGAGGGAGGAGGAGGAGGAGGAGAAGGAAGAGGAGGUGAAGAUGCUCCUGUUCUUGUUUUUCGCACAGCUUCGUAGUCAGUAAUGAGGUUUUUACUGUGUGGACGGGGCGCAGUUGCUGCUGUUGUCGGAUUUUUUUUUUUAUCACUGAGCUCCGUCAAUGAUUGACGGACAGAAGCGGAGCAGAGAGCAGGAGCCGCAGCCAGGGCUGGAGGUGAAGCUAGAGGAGGAGCAGGAGCAGGGCUGGAGGAAUCUAGACUCCUCGAAAAGUGAGCGUCAGUGCCGGGCUGCAGCUGCUCAGACUCCGGGCUCAGCUGCAAUCAUGGAAAACUCAACGGAGGAGGCGCAAGAAGGAGGUGCCAAAGCACUAAAAAAUGAGGAGGAAGAGGCAGAGUUAUCUGAGAAGACACAAAAAAACCUCAAAGGAGCCGUCAAUGGAACGAAGGAGGCGGCAGAGAGCGGAGGAGGAAAGCUGCAAAAUGGAGACCGAGGAGGAGGGGCUGAAGGAGGCGACCUGUCCUCCAUCAACUCCAUGAUGUCCACAGUGAUGAUGGCUGCAGAGAGCAUCAACGGCGGAGGAGACGGAGAAGGAGAGAGUGCUGUCACCUCCGCCAACUCCUCUGCUGUGCCCUCGCCCAGCCCCUCGCCCAGCAAGUCCCUCCCCUCAGCCAUGAGAGCUCCACCCAGCCGCGGCGCACGGCGCAAUCAGGACACCAAAGACGACAGUACAGCAUAUAUUUGUCCGCUGUGUGAUAAGAACUGUCAGUCCCAGCACCAGCUCACUAUGCACAUCAGACAGCACAACGCAGACACUGGAGCGACGGAUCACUCCUGCAGCAUCUGUGGGAAAUGUCUGAGCUCGGCCUCAUCGCUGGACAGACACAUGCUGGUCCACAGUGGAGAGAGACCGUACAAAUGUCUCGUCUGUGGACAGACGUUCACCACCAACGGCAACAUGCACAGACAUAUGAAAAUCCAUGACAAGGAUCCAGCCACUGGGAUGCUCCCCAUUUGCCCACCCACCAUCGCCAAACGCCGCCGUCCAUCUGCCAAGAGGAGACUGGGAGAGGAUGAGAACGGCGAUGAGCCGCCCAGCAAGAAGGUGCUGGACGACCCUGCAGGAGCAUCAACAGCAGAGGAGGCCGCAGCAGCGAUGGCGGCGUCCGCCGCCUCGGCCCGUGGUUUAGAGGAGGAGCUGCUGCCCUGUCCAAUCUGCUUCAAGACCUGCGGCUCCAGACUGGAGCUGGACGCUCACAUGGACACACACCCGGACACGGCACUGAGGUGUGAUCUCUGUUGCCUCUCUUUUCGAACUCACCGUGGCUUGUUGCGUCACAACGCCGCGGUUCAUAAAGUCCUCCCCCAGGAUCCCAGCGGUCGUCCCUUCAUCCAGAACAACCCCUCCAUCCCCACUGGCUUCAAUGAUCUUGCCUUCAUCGACUUCUCUUGCAAAAAGUUUGCUCACAUUGCACAGGUUUGGUGCGAGACAAACCUCCGUCGUUGCAUUAGUAAAUUUCACCGCUUUGUCUGCGAAAGCUGCGACAAGGCGUUCCCCCUGCGCUCCGCCCUGGACCUACACAAAACCAUGUCCCACACUGACAAGUCUCCUGAAACGGUGGAAUGUAAGGAACAAGUGGAAGAAGUGAAAUCCAUGGACAUUGACACAGAGGACAAUGGUCCAGCAGAAGACACAGACGUGAAGUUUUCUGAACAGUCCGACUUCCUUAAUGCUCUCGGUCUUCAGCACGUUUCUACGGUAAAGUCCGGUCCAACAGAUGAUGAGAUCCACCAGGCCCACCUGGACAGCAUCAAGGUGAUCCACGUGGAGCCGCCACGCUCCAGUCUUCCCCAGGAGCCGGCGUCUUCCUUCCUGUCUGGUGGACUGGGCCUGACCCUGGGUCUUGGUGGGCUGGCAGCGCUGAGUAUCCCCCUGCUGGAGGCCUCUGCCCUGCAGGGUCUGACUCAGAAAGACGCCCUCAGUCUUCUGUCCAUGCAGCCCUUCCAGACGGGCUUCCUCCUGCAGCCUGACGGAGUGGCUGCCACAGCAAGCUCUGCUCCGUCCGGUGCCAAACCCGGUGAGGCAGCUGGAGCUGGAAUAAUGGAACUUCCAGCAGAUUUCCAGCAGAUCCUGAAGGUGGCCACGACAGCACCCAAUCAGAUUAGUGUGACACUUCCAUCUUUGGCCAAAGCUCCUGUAUUCGCUGGAGGUCAAGGUCAGGUCCAGGCUCAGAAAGCCAUGCCUACGUUGAAGCCCAAACCUCCCAUCACCCCUCGCACCAGCCUCACAGCAACAACACCUCCCCCUCUCCAGAGUUCCCAGCAGGCCUCACUGGGCUGCAUCAGCCCCAGCCUGCCACCUCCCACUCCCAUCCUCUUUAAAACUCCUUCCUCGUCCACUACUUUGGCAGACAGCGCAGGGCACAUGGAGCCUGGGUCCAUUGGCGACACCCAGCUGUCCGAUUCACCGCCAGCGGCCACCACAGCUGUUCAGGAGGAGACGGCUCUUGGCGGUAAAAAACCAGGAACCAAAGGAGGCAACAACGCCAACGCGGGUUCUAAAGGCUCGUUCCCGUGUCGUUUCUGCGACCAGGUGUUUGCCUACUCUGGUGUCCUGCAGGCCCACAUGCGCUUCCACCUUGGCAUCCUGCCUCACCAGUGCAACAUCUGCGACUAUGUGGCCCCAGACAAAGCUACACUGAUCCGACACUUGAGGACGCACAGCGGCGAGCGGCCGUACGUCUGCCGGGUCUGUCAUUAUCCUUUCACUGUCAAGGCCAACUGUGAGCGCCACCUCAGGAAGAAGCACGCCAAGACCUCCAGGAAGGAGAUAGAGAAGAACAUUAAGUACGUCACCUCCACCACUACUAUAAACAUCCCGUCAUCAAUCACUAACUCCACCCAGGACAUGGAGACCGGCUGCAACGGAGCGGAGACGACCUGCAAGUUCUGUGGCGAGGACCUCAAGAACUACCGGGCCCUGCAGAUCCACCUGCGUACUCACAACGGCUGCCAGAAGAAGCCGUUUGAGUGUCGGCGCUGCGGCGCCGCCUUCCUGGCCAAACGCAACUGCAUCCACCACCUGCUGAAGCAGCAUCCUGAGGUCCAGGAGAGGGAGAUUGAGGACCACAUCGCUACACUUCAGCCCCCCGCCGUCCCCAUCACCGCUGUGGCCCCUGUACGAGGCGCUCUGGUCAGUCCCAUGGUGCUGAACGGGAUCAGUCAGCCUCCGCUCCAGAUGCUCCAAGCAGUGAAGACGGAGGACCUGACCGGUGUUGUCUAUACUUCAGAGCUGGACCAGCCGCUGGACUUCUCUGCUAAAGGUCGCGCAGCAGCGAACCAGACAGUGUCUCCGGGGGUGAAAAUUGAGAGCGUCUCUCCCACGUUCGACUGCUCCGUCCUGGACCAGCCCAUCGAUCUGUCCAUUCCCAGCAAGAGGCAGCGCAGAGAGGCUAACGAAGACAAGAAAGAAAUCAAGACGGAGCAGAACGGCAGCAGUAUUUUGGAGCAGCAGCAACAAACUUUGGCGGCAUCCAAAGAUGAGAAGUCUGCAAACAGCCUCCACACUCACCCACAGCUCUGUUACCAACUCCCCCCUGGAUCAACUCCUCCUCCCGCUUCCAUCCCCAACCUCAGCAACUCUGCUCGAGCCCAGCGCCUUAAACCGCUUCUGCCCAAACCCUCGUCGUCCUCCACCUCCUCCUCCUCACCUUCCACUACACUGAAAGAGCUCCCUCCUCUGGCCUCCAUUGCUCAGAUCAUUCACUCUGUCUCUGGAGCUCCAGACCUCCUGAAGAGAGAGGCUUCUUCAAUGGACUGCAAACCUCAGGCGCUCGUUUCUUCCUCUCAGUCUGACUCGGCCACAGACGCUCCAGGACUCGUUUCUGGUCUGGAUACACAGAAUGAAGACGUGUCUGAGGGGUCAUCCAGGAAACGGUCGAGAAAGAAACAUGCUUCUAUCACAGGGAGAGAGAAAACUCUUGUCAACAGCAGCAGCAACAACAUAGACCUGGAAUCCAGUGGCGAGUUCGCCAGUGUGGAGAAAAUGCUCGCCACCACCGACGCCAACAAGUUCAGCACCUACCUCCAGACUGGAGCCGCAGACCUCGGAGGAAAGAGAGACGAUAAAAUGGUAGGAGGUGAGGACAAAGACGGAGGAGCCAAGGACGACGUAAAGACGGCAGCUACGUCUCAGGCCAAAGGGAAGAAGAACGCGUACUCCAACUCUGUCCAGAAGAUGACCUGCCCCUUCUGCCCCAGAGUCUUCCCCUGGGCCAGCUCCCUGCAGAGACACAUGCUAACACACACUGGCCAGAAACCAUUCCCAUGUCCAAAAUGCGAUGCAUUCUUUUCCACCAAGUCCAACUGUGAGCGCCACCUGCUGAGGAAACACGGUGUCACGCACAGGAUUCUGAGGCGCAAUGGCGCCUUGGUGAAAAAAGAAGGAGAAGAAGGUUCACACGAGAGCGCAGAGAGUCAGUCAGAGACGGAGCAGGCCUCACCAGAGGCACAUGACCUCACCAGCAGCGCCCCCUCCACUAGUCCCACACCUUUGUCCCAGAGCCCUGGUCCUGUGUCCGAGGACCCUGACCCUAAACCAAAGAGUCCCUCACCUCUCCAAGAGACCAGGUUGAUGACACCACAGAGCCCCACCCCUAAAGAAAACCAAGCCCUGAGUCCAGAUCCAACAGUUAUGAAACAACCAGAGACAGAGGUCCCUGAGCAGCAGGGGGCGACAGAGAACAACAGCGAUGACACCAGCAACAAAACUAGCAAAAGCAAUAACAACAUCAGCAACAGCGAAAGCAAAGAUAACACUGACAGCAAUAACUGUAGCAACGGCAGCAAGGUGGAGGGUGAUGACGACGACUGCCACAGCAACAAAAGUCUGGACCUGAACUUUGGGAAGAAAAUGAUCGAUUUUAAACUUUCAACACCAACGACAUCUGUUCAGGAAGAACCGAGCCCAAUGCUCUCCUCCUCGUCCCCCUCCUCCGCCUCCUGCUCCUCCACACACGCUCCUCAAGUAUUGACAGAGAGUCCAGAGAAAGAGCAGGAGCACCAGAGUGAAGCCACCUCCUCCUCUACCUCGCCCUCUGCUGGCAGCGCCGUGUCAAAGCAGCAGCCUGAAUACAAACACGUGUGUCGAGUUUGUAAAAAGAGUUUCCGCUACGCCACCACACUCGCUCGCCACGAGAGGGCGCACCUCUGUGAGGAGACGCCGGCUUCUGCACCACCUGAGGAGACCUCCGCUGUGGCAGAGGAGGUCACAGAAAGCAUUGACACCAAAGCAACAGAGGAGGAGCAGAAGGAGGAUGAGCAUAAGGCGGAGGAGCAGCAGAAAGAGGAGGAGCAGACUGAGCUGGAGGCAGACGUGGAGAUGGAAGUGGACAGUGGAGACGUAAGGGGAGGUGAGAGUGAGGCAGCAGAGAGUGAAGAGUCAGAGGAGGAGCAGGAGGAAAAGAGGAGCGACGAGGAGGAGGCGUCAGAACCAAAGAGUCUGGAGGGAGGAGCGUCAACAGGAGGACGGACCGACAAGAGGAAGAAGCUCUGUGACAUCUGCAACAAACGGUUUUGGUCCCUGCAGGAUCUGACCAGACACAUGAGGUCACACACAGGCGAGCGUCCAUACCAGUGCCAGACAUGUGAGCGUACGUUCACACUGAAGCACAGCCUCGUCCGCCACCAGAGGGUGCACCGAAAAACAAGAGGAGCGCACAACAGCAAUAACAACAACGACGACGCCGUCAGUGAAGACGGAGACACGGCGACGCCCACCUCCACCUGCCCGCCCUCAGAGAAUGAGAGCGACUGUGGCAGCAACGCAGGAGCCACGGCCAAGGAGCUGGAGGACGAAGACGCCAAGGAGGAGGUCGGCGACAGACUGCAGGAAAAACUAGAGACGGGGUCAGAUGGAAUAUCCGAACAUUGUGGGACGGAGCCACCCUCCAUAGACAAAACCCAAGCUACUGACACAAAGACGACAACUACUAACGACAAUUCCAAAGACCCGUCGUCCUCCAGCUCUCCUCCAGAGGACACCACCACAGUCCCUCCUGCAGAUGGUUUAAUCGAGGAGCUGAUGGACAUCCACGCCAAGCCACCUCUAGAGCAAAUCCUUCCAAACGGAGAGCAUCCUCUGGUGGGCGUGGACUGACGACCACCAUCAUAACCACAGUGCCAAACGGUGGAUGAUGACGAAGAUGAGAAAACCAGCCCGGAGAGAGAAUCUAACAUUUUUCACAGAAAGACGAAAACCUCGUUUUCUUGAAGUGCCUUACUACUUAGUCUGACUUCGAAAUUUUUUUGCUAUAUCUUUAUCUACAUUAUUACGGAGGAUGGAUCUAAUUUUUAUAGCUUUUUAUGAUGACAAUGAUUUGCAUUAUCAUAUUUGUGAGGGGGAAAUCUAUAUUUCAGCAAUAAAAGAAUAGAACUACAAUUUGUUAUUAUGCUAGAUUCUGUUCCAGAAUUUAUGAUCAACGUAGGAGGCGCAAAGAGACUAAAAGUUAGCAUCAGCGGCUGCGUCUAAUGAUAUGGAUCUUAUGAACCUGUUGGACUGAGGGACGACAGACUGUUCACACAAGUGGCAUCAGUCACUCCUCCUGGUCAGAUGGCCAUCUUACUGGGGAGCAGGGUCACCAGCAGGUGGCAGUGUCAGUAGCCAUCAACUACUAUGUGGCAGAGCAAGGUUUUUGUAACUGGAAAACACACAGAAAGGCUUUGAUUUCAACCUCUGUACCGAUUCACAAAAACACUGAUAAACUUUAGAGAAGUCGCCUUAAAUUCUGCGUGACGGUGCCGAUCGUCGAUCAAAGGGAUCGAUUUUUUUUUCUUUUUUUUUUGUUCAAUAACAAUCACACUAUUGAUCCUUUCAGUCUGUGAAUCGGUGUUUGUUAAUAAUUUCUCCUUCACAUUCGCAGUUGAUUCCAUGUGUGUGCAUAAAUGAAACAUGAGGUUUUUUUUCCUGUUUGUGCGAUUAUCCGUAUAUUUGGUGACGGGAGGAAGGUUAUGUACUUUUGUGGAUUUUUUGUUUAAGAUUACUGAACAAAUCAAAUUUUUGGUUGCGUAUGUGUGUGAAGUGUGAAACUCCCACUUUCCCCUCUUUGUCAUCCCCUUGUUCACGUAGGGUUUAUUGCAGGGCCUCUUUUGUGCUUACGUUAACUUCCGCUAACACUUGACGCAGGUUCAGUUUACCUCAAUCUCUGCUUUUUAACUGCAACCUUUGAAAGAAGAAUCGAGUGGCGCCACCUGCAGGCAGACCAAUAUUUCCUGUCAUCUCCUUCGUCAGGCUAGCAGGCUUGGCUAGUUCAAAGUUCGCCAUGCCUUUGUAAAUAACUAUAUAAUAAAGGGGGCUUAGAUUAAGAUAACUACAGCUAGUUUGGGGGAAAAUGGAUGUCAAAUAUGGCGUUUAGUUUGUGCAAGGAACAGAACUCACCACUGUUUAUAAAAGGGCUGACUGCGACUGAACCUAAGGCAAGCGCUACCUACGAACUGCAACAAAGCACCAACAAUAUUUUCGUUUCGUAGCGCUGUCAGUGGUGCGAAAGUUAAAAUGUUCCUACUUGUGUGUGUCAUUUGUGCGACAUUCAGGUUGACUCUGGUGUGAAAGCACAGUAGCAACAGGCUGGCUGUCGUUAGCUAAAGUUAGCAAAGGCUUGGCUUUCUAAGGUUUUCUAAGUUGACAUUGCUCUGCUGUGUUAGUUGACUAUUGCUAGCGCCAAAUCUUGAAAGGGAAAAGACAAACAGGCCAUGUAGUGAAAUCUUGUCAUAAACGUUAGCUAACUAUUUUUUAGUGUUAUCGCAGUUUCUCCUAAUCAGCCCCUGUAGCACACUUUCUUUAGCCUGUCUUCUGAUAAUGCUAAGUAUGAACUUCUUUUCUGUACCUUCAACAAUAGCUGAUUUUUUUUUUAAUUAAAAAGAUCAGACACAUUAAAUGUCAACGUUGAUAUUUUUGACUUUUGAGACAAUCAAACUUUUUUUUUUUUUAAUAAAAAAUGUAGUUUAUGGUUCAAAUCCAAACCCUAGUGUUUUACUACAAUCGCUAGUUUAACAUGGAUAAGAGCACGGGAGGAUGGAUGGAUGGUUGGAUGAUGGAUGGAUGAAUGGAUCAGUAAAUUUUCUGUUCCUGUGAACCUGCCUCACUCACAAACAGAAGGGCUAACGUAGGUUAACCACCAAGCUAAUGCUAACUCUCCUCGCGUCUACAUUAAGACGUAACUGUUGAACACAUCUAAUCUUUUUCUUGUAGAAAUAACAAACCGAAAACCUCAGUGUCGGUACAGCAACAACCAUUGCCUUGUACUGACUUGUGAACAUCACUAGCUUAAAUACUUAGAUGAAAUCUGCUAUUGCUACAGUUAAAUAUUGAGACGAGAGAGAAGAUUGUUUUCUUCAGUUUUUGUCCUCAGUUGUUUAUAAUUUGUCAUUUUAGUGAAUUACGUCCCCAGCUGUAUAAAUGUCUGUGCAAUUUCAGAAUUUCUUUACUGACUUCUCUGUAACCUAAUCAUCUCAGGACGACAACUUUCCUAUCAACUGGUGCCUUUGCCCUGUCAGCUAAUUACCAUCAAGCUAGUUAGCAGGAAGCAUCCAUUUUGUGAUGUGGCAUUUUCAUAUUUCUGAGUAUCUAUUUUAAAACACAAAUAUUAGAAUUUUAACACCAAAAACUUUGUUCACCAGCGACGGUUAGUAAGAGCUGAUAGAUUCCAACACUGUCACAACUCUGUCUGAUGCAUAUUUUAACCGAUUCUGUGGCUACUGCUAUUUAAAACGGCUGGAUUUACUCCUUGCAUGGGGCUAAUGCUAAGCUAACUGUAAUAAUAUGAAUUCAUUAGAUCUGACAACAAUUAAGGAAAAUCAACGUAACAACUCUUAACCAAAGGUAGAAAAUUGAACUACUACUAUUUUUAACUUUGUGAAAAAGCUCUUUGUCUCUAGCAGCUGUUGUAUGUCUGGUUUUUCUCUUUCUCUCCAGCGCCCCCCCACUGUCCUUCGGGAGUUAGCGCUUGUGUUUGUGUGACUGUGUGUGUUUUUUUUUGUUUUUUUUUUGUGAACAUAUGAAUACUGGACUUCCAUUAGAAUGCACGUGGACUGUUUUUAAAUGUAUUUAUUUGGAGCCCAGGCGUGUGCACGUAUGUGUGUGUGUGUGUGUAAGUUUAGUCUCUACAGUGACUUGAGAAAAAAGCCAUUUAUUAAUAAAAACUAUCACGUCGAUGCUGCAGAAACGAUGGUUUUCAAUGCGUCGUCGCAACUUUAGGGCAACAGCGCAGAGUCGCAGUUAGCAAUAACGUAAAAUCCCUCUGAAUCCAAAACAAAAGCUUUAUGAUGUAGAGGUUCCUGGAACUAAGUCUGGGUCUGUUGUUGAUUUUUAGUUUGGAUGAUCAUUUUCUGUUGUGUUAAUUUUAAUUUUUUUUUUCUCUUUGACAUAUAAAUAAAUAUAUAAAACUGUGAAAAUGUUUGUGUUCAAUUAAAGGGUGUCUUUUAGGUUAGUAUUUUUUUGUUUUUUUGUUUUGCAUGUUAAUCUAAUUUGUUCAGUUAAAUGAUUUGUCUUUCUUCCAUCUCUUUUUGUUAUACAUAAACCAACAUGGACUUAAUAUAUACACAUAUAUUGACAUAUAUGUAUAUUUCUUGCUCUCAGGGUCAGUGACGAAAUCCAUUUUCAGUUAAAAAGAAACGUCAUGUUUUUUCCUGAGUUGCAAAUGUCCUACAAAUCCUGAUGAUUUUUUUUUCUUUAAAUCAAAAUUCAGAAAUCUCGAUCACUACAUUCAGCACUUGACUGUGAACGCAUCAUCAUCAUCAUCAUCCAAAACACAGACGUGUCGUCAUGUUUUUGUUGAUAAGAAAACCUGGUGACGUGUGUGUGUAUUUCCCUCUCUCAACAUUUCUGGUUCUUUUUUAUUUUCUCGGGUGAUUUCUGAAGAUUGAAACUUUUGUGGUCACAGGUUAAAGCCAGAGCGUAUAUUUAAAGACAAACGGGGAGAGAGAGAGAAAUGUCUUGUUCUGUUUUUUGGUUUCCAAAAAGACACAGCAGUGUUCGACAAAGUCAAGACAUGUAAAUGUGUUCUGUAUCAACUCACUAAGACACGGCAAUAAAGAUUAUAUUCAGAAAAGUGUGUAAAUCCAGCACAAUCAGUGUCUCUUUUAUUAAGAAAUAUUGUGACACUUUUUGUUUUGUAAAAUUUUAUUAUUAAUAAUAAUAACUUUAUUUGUUUUGCACAUUUCAUACAAUCAAUUUGAAGUGUCUUUGUGAGAAAAAUAGUGCAGUUUUGUACAGUUUGUCGUUUUCUACCGGCGUUACAAACAUCCAGCCGCUCUGAAGGACACGGUAAGUGAAAUGGAAACAUCGCUUUCCACCAGUUUCUGUUGUUGUUUGCGCAAUCUAACCAGAACUAAUCAGGUGUGCCUAACUGUCAGCUGUUGCUCAGUUUGCAGGAAGUCAAACCGAAGCUCGACCGUUGGACGUGUGGUGGAUUUCCCUCGAUUGAAAUGUCGCCGAUGAUAACAUCGACUAAGAGCUUGUGACGAACAAGAAGUGGACGUUCAGGAUUGCCACGAGUCAAUAACUUCAUCAUGCGAUGCCAAAUGUGCCUGCCGGGUGGACUGAGCUGUCGAGAAUUCGUCAAACCUACGACAGCAUGGAGCG